AACACAAUCAAUUCUGUACUUGAUAACUGAUACUGUGAUGUAAUGUACAAUGUACCCUAGAAAGUUGAUAUGUUUAUUUAAUUCGUUAAGUAUGUUGGUUUUCACAUAGGAACACUUAACAUAUUGUGUUGCUGCGAACUCUUUGAUCCGAACAAAAUACAUAGGAAAGAUUGGAUCAUUGCCCGUCAAAGUGGAUGAUAAAUCUACACACUUCAUUUAAAUAUUAACUUUGUUUUUGUUUACGAUUUUAUUACCCACACAGUGAACCUACUAGUGAUAAUAAUUUCUUCAGUACCGUGGUUAAAUACGUUGCCUCUAGUGUGUCCUUUCUAUUCCUGUGUAUGAUGAGUUAUCAUGGAAUUUGAUUGUUCAAGCCUGUGUUCAGAUGAAGGAGUUGAAUUGCCAGAACAUGGAUUCCAAACUCGUCAAGAUUUUUUAUUCGGAGAUGACCAGCCGGAUUUUGUUGAGGCGAAAACCAUUUACUUACUUUUACCAAAAGGUGUUCCGAUAUCACGUGCAGCGCGAUUACAAUGGCUCCUAGAUCAUUUGGAUACCAUUAUUACUAUAUCAACUAAUAAAUCAUUUGAAAAUUCUCAAAAAUUGGAAGUCAUCUCAGCUUUACCAAGGGAGCAAAACUUAAAUGUAAAAUGUACGAGGUUUUUUGUUACUUACAGAACUGAAUUAAAAUUCAUUGCUCAUGCAUAUAAAUUUGUAUAUUGCUUGGACAUGAGUCCCAGCCAUGCUAAUAUUGAUAUUGAAUCCAAGGAGGUCUUGUUUGACCAAAUCUUAAACAGUUUUAAAAUUAGCAUAGAGGGUCUGUCUAAACAGUUCACAAUUCCAGGAAACACCUUGGUGUUUCAGCCAUGCAUUUAUUUGACGAUAGUAGCCAAUACUCCAUUUUUUAUCACCCCUGCUCAGCAAGUGAUUUUAAAGGGAAUCCAAAUGACCCCAUGGAAUGUGAAUGAAAUUAUUAAGGGUGUGGAGGCACAUUUUCACUUGUUGGAAGGAAAAAUUGCUGAUGCUUGUAUGCAGGCACUUGACAAAAUUGACAGCUAUAGGGUUUGUAACGAUGAUUCAUUAAACGACCCUUCCUCGGAAAUAUCUGAUAUAAGCCGCCUUUCGAAAAUACCGAUGGUGACUCCAGAUGCCAAUUUUGUCAACAUGCUAAGGUAUUCCAUGCUGGCCAUUUGUCUGCUACCUGAAACAACUUUAAGCCAUAUUCUAGUCAUAACAGAUGGAAUAGUAUCCAUGCCAGAUUCAAACGUAAUGGAGACGAUGCUCCAUCAACUUCAUUACGAUGCGAUAGCAGUUUCAUUUUUAAAAGUAGGAUCAAGUUUUCACCCUCACUGCGGUGCUGGCCUAGUGUCUUAUAUUGACUUACUGUACUUUUUUGCUCAUUCUACUUUAGGUACUUGUUUAGAGUCUUUUCCAAAAAUAGUACCAGAUUCAUCAUUAUCGAUGAACUUUUAUCAAGAGUCAUUUUUAGUGUGGUCCUUUCAUAAUGGACAUGGUAGAAUGUCUUUUAAACCCUGUGAUAAUUCCAUUUCUUGGAACUCGACUGAUGAUAGAUUUUACAAUCAAAGACUUCCUACGCUUUUGACCAAAAGACAGACUGAUGAAAGUGCUAGUUGUUCAAUACUUAUUUUAUUAGCCAGACGUAUGCGCGAAGGUUUUAUUGUAGAUAAUCUUUUUUAUAUGAAUGGCACGUUAGAGAUUAAACUUUUACACCAGUGGAAAUCAUCUAUUUAUAUACAUUACAAACUUACGUCCCAGUGGCCUAUUGAAAAGAACCUGACGCAGUUUGAGGUGUGUGUCUGCGCGCCUUAUGAGUUUUUGCACGACAUGACUUGCCUUAUCAAAAAAGAAACGAAAUCCGUGUUCAGGCAAGCAAUCAUUCAAAGGUUUUGGAGUAGACUAUCGCAGAUUUCUUCGGGAGAUUUGAUGUUAGCGAGUCAAUUUAGCAAUUUUACUGAUGGGAAGGAAUGGUGGACUUUGCCGGACAGUGUUAAAAACGGAUUUCCAGUUUUCUCUUCAAAUAAUCCCACAUAUUCGGAUUCCACCAAAUUUAUACUAGUGCCCAGAGAUAAUUAUUGUCAAAGAUUCAUCAAUAUCUGGCAAGGUGUUAGCCAAAUGGAGACGAACCAUUGGAGAAAAUGGUUUCACAUGCAUAAAAUAUCAUUGAUAUUGACUCAUGAUACUCCAUUACCCACCAAUUUAUAUAUGUCAAGCUGCUCAUCUCAAAGAUACCAGGUGGUUCAAUGUCGACAAGCAGUUGUAGCAUUAUACGAAAUGCUUGCGGAAUGGGCUUCGUUUGUUCUUAUUGAUAAUCAUACUUAUUUAAAAUUGAUUUAUACUAAUUUAGAGAAGCCACCAAUAGGAUUUUGCAUCGUUAGAGUUAGCUCUAAGUUCCCCAGUGCCGUUUUGAACCUUGGAUUUUCUACAAAUAUUCCAGGACAAGUGAGAUAUGCAAUUUGUGACGACUUAAAAGCAAGUCUUUCAUCCCUCUCAUACCCCCCAAAAGCAAACGAGUCAUCAUGUUGUGUCUUGCUUCAAAAACCUCUUGAAAAGAUUCUUAUUCGUUAUGAAAGAGUGCCGAGUACCUACACCACAGUUGUUUUUCCGGAUGGCACGCAACCACCAGACAGUUCAAGUGGAUUUAGUUCGUCUGUAUGCGGAUCGCUUUUUACUACCUUGUCGAGGUAUUUGUUCCAUAAGAGGUGGAUCUGGAGUGCUAGUUUUCCUCCAAAUCCACGAUUACCCGAUGCUAGCAUAUCUAGGAUAUUGAAUAUACUUACUAGGAUGCGCUUAAAAGAAGGGUAUCACUUCGCCUACUCCUCAUCCGGAAUAGUGACAAUGGUUCUGGAGGUGCCGCUAGAACCUCAAGCUAGCUGUGUAGUGCAAUAUGUUUUAUUUCCGCCAUGUUAUAGUUGGGGGGAUGAUAGUCUAAGCGGCUCAGAGGAAGAGCCGGAGCCUGUAGCUGACAUGGAGGCUGAACUUCAAAUGAUUACUGAAGUCUGGAUUGAACCUCAUUAUGGUUCUGUCGUACCAAGCAAUUCUAGGAUUAGUUAUUUUAAUGGCUUAACUUAUUAUCAGAUUGCAGAUGCGAUCAGCAAAAUUGAUUUUCGUUGUAUCAACGUGCUAUUAACAAUGGAACACAUAUCUUUAUUGUGCCAAAACAAGACUGCCCAUAAUUUAAAUGGCGAAAGGGAUGUUGACACUCCUAGGCCUAGUUUUAGUAAGCAGCGUUCCUAUUCUAGAAAAAAUAGUCGACUGACACCUUCAAGGCAUCAAAAUGCACAAGUACCUGAAAAUGGAUCUCCAUGGUAUCCUAUAGUAACACCCCGAAUUGAACACAUUCCAUUUAAAUUUGACCCAAUAGGUUUACUACACUUAUGCCAACAGACUGAAAUGCUCUUCUCCAUGCUGCGAGAAGAAAAAUCAAAUAAUCACAAAAAACCUCAAAAAGUAGAUAGGGCUAACAAAUUACUUUUAGACAAUAUUUUUGAACACUUUUCUUUACUUCACGAUAGAGAGAUAGAACUCUCUAACGAGGAAUCCGAAUGUUUUACCAAAGAGAUUAUCACUAGACAUAAAAAUAAAGAACCUCAUAGCUGCCCUAUUGAUGAAAAACAGUUAAACGACGACUGUAGCUAUCGCUGGAAGUGUUACGUGAAAGGUGUCUCAAUUACGCAUGUUAUAUUAACAUUUUUACCAGCUUCCGUUGAAGAUUUAAAAGCAUUAGUUGGAGUUGAGUCCAGUAACUUGGAUGAAUCCGAUGAACGAGCUGCGUCUAGAGGUAGCAAUAUAAGUGAUGUACCCAUUAAUACACCUAAUAUGCUUUGUCUUCCACUAUAUGUGUUCGACUGUCCGUUAAAAAGGCUAGUAAGUGCUUAUGUGGAUAAAGAAAACAACUCUUCUUAUUUCCUUGAGGAUGUUUAUUUAGAUCAUAGAUUUAAAUAUACAGAUUCUAUAGUUGAAACUAAAGAAAAGUUACGAGGCAGCGAUACUGAAAGUUGCUUAGAAGGAAUCGACUCACCAGAUUUACGCAAUGUAAGAGAACAUUGUACCGCCUUGGAGAUGACACAUACAAAAUGUUUUGCUUUGUCUUUGUUCCUUGCGUUACAUAUGGGUAUUUAUAUACAUAAUUAUGAUGUACAAAACGCAAUGGACUUAUGUGACGAAGAAAUCUCUGAAAUUGAUAUAACAGAUUAUAUCUUAAAGACUUGUUCACAUGCUAGAGUGUCAGACGAGGAUCAGUUAUCUAUUCAAGCUUUAAAUGAAGCAUAUCCCUGUAAUGAUCUAAAGAAGUGGCACAUGCUUAUUAAGAACAAAUUUUUUAAAACUGUUUGCUCCUCUUUUAAUAAAAUUCCUAGUAAUGGGGAAUAUUAUUACUUCAAACAUUUAUCAAUUCAACCUGAAGAUAAGUCUCACGAUAGUGAUGAUGAAGCUAGUAUUGCUUCAGAAAUUGAGUUUAUAUCAGAGAGAGAUAUGAGCAUUUAUUCAGAAGGGCCACAUUUAUUAACAAAAACUCUUAAUUCUGGGAAUAUUGACGUAGCUAGCAUGAGCGAUGUUAGUCCUUUGUUUCUUCAUUUUGUCUGCACAUUAAGAUAUAAUAACAGUGAACAAACUAAUACUUCGCUCAGAGUUUUGCCUACAUGCUUAGGUGAAUUAAUUCAGUCUCUUGAAAAACCUACUGCGUUUUUAAUCAAAUCAAGAAUUCAAGUUACAUUUGACAUUUUUUGCCUUACAUUACCUUCAAGGAUUCAAAACGUCCUUAAUGACUACUCGCAACAGGGUCUUCGGACUACCUCAUUUUGUUCCGAUGGAGGAUUUCAACGCACCAUUAGCAACACGUCAGAUCUUAGUGGAAUUUCAGAGAUAACUUUACCCCUGAAAAGCCUAACGGAACUUCAAAAACAAUCUGUUAGUACACUUUGUAGUGAAAUAAAAUGGCUACUCGAAGACGAAAUUUGCACCUCCUUACUCGACGUCGAUCCUAUCACAACCGACACUUUAGGAUACGUUAUAGAUCACGUGAUUAGCGGUGACCAAGCUAGACGAGCAUCUUGCAAGCUGAGCCCUAUUGCAUUAAGUUUCGUAUACACCACAGAACAAAGUUAUACGAAAUUCUUAGAAGAAUUCCAGAGGCUUAACUUACCAAUUGGGUAUCAGCUUUGCAAGGAACAAGAGUAUUAUUACGUCGCAAAAGAAACGGAAGAGUUUUCAAGAGAAAACGACACGCUAUAUAAUAACUUGUCGUUUACUGCCAGAAGUAGCAGUGUCACAGAGUUUGCUGUAAGUGCCAGUGGAAGCAACUCAUCGUUAUUAGUAGGUAGUGUUAAAGACAUUAUGUCGCAACAAAGUGACAGUAGUGAGGAGGGAAGUGUUACUGGAACUGAUGGUGGUUAUGAUGAAGACGUUAGCGAAGAUGACGACGAUAACUGUCAGUGGCUGGAAAACCUUAGCAAUAAAAGAAAACAGCUACCUAACUUUUGGUUAAUUCUUAAAGUCGACCAGGACUUUGUUUAUGUUUAUUUUCACUGCCGAUUUGUCGAAUUAUCAACCCCACAAGUAGAAAUCUAUAGUGACAUUGAGCGGGCAGUAUGUGACUCCAUAGUUGACUUGUGCAAGAAAGUAAAUCAGCUCUUGCUUUUGCAAUCUCUAUAUGAAUCCAAGACGUGUGAUCCACUUUUAGAGGCUGACGAUUCUUCUCAUAGUGAAAAUAGUAUUUUAAGCAAUAACUCAUCUCUAGGCAGAGCCAGAUUUGAUCCUGAUAAUAGUGAUGAUUCGGAUAUUAUGCAGUUUUCAAGGUCAAUGUCGGAUGCCUCUCUAAGUCUAAAAGCUGGAUACUUCAGUUGCCCGGUUGUCUGGGAAAAAGAAUUUGUUUUACAUCCUCGACUAAAGACGGGAGGAACAGGCAGUAAAUCCGGUGCGUCACGGGGCAUUCAAGCAUUAAGAAAUAUUUUAGAAAAAUUCUCAGUAGUUAACCGGCAAAAUAUGUUCGUAUGCAAAGACAAAGAGGACAACGUGUUUUAUUUAAGGCUUUGCGAGAGUGUCAACCUUCAUAUUAGUGGCAGCAGGAUCUCGAUAAAACCUGAUAAUGAGAGCAAUACCUUCUCUAGAAGUCCUUCUAUAUCGUCUUUACCGGCCGGACAAAAUAGUAAACCUAAUCUGGCUAGUUCGAAUCAAAGUAUUGCUUCCCUUGUAUCGUCUGAUAUUGUAAGGCCAAGAGUUCGAUCGUUUGGGGAAAAAGAAACUCGCCAAUUUGACUCAAAGGAUUCAAGGGAAAGAAUUAACGAAGACACUCUCAUUUUGAGGGUUCAUGGUGUCGCUCAGGCGGGUAGCUACGUUCAAUGCGAACUGGUUCACGUUCUGCAAAAUAAACUAGAUGAUGCUGUAUUAGAAUUUCUUUCUUUGGCCAUGGUUCGAAACCCUCUGUGCCCUUUAACUCCUGAAGAUGUUAGGUUUAUUCAGAAGCCGCAAGAGGCUGACUAUGUGAUUAGGCUUACCAUGCAGGAUUUUGCCCUUCAAUGGCACAACUGUUACUCUUUCAUGCAUUACUUAAGACAGAACUUGCAACCUAUCUUAAACGUUCCAAAAUAUACCGAUCCCCGCUCAGAAAAUCAUUUUAAAGAUUAUACUGCGGAUCAGAAUAUGCUUGCGAUGCCAUUUGAAAAUAUUUUUAUUUACAAUCAGACCGCAUCGUCGAGUUCUGGAAGUCGGGGUAUCGCGUGUAUCGUAUUAGCUCUUAAAUCUUCUCCAGACCCUAUUUCUGCAGCUGAAAAUGAACAUUCACUGGAAAAUGUUUUUAUUUUAAAACAAUACGAAAAUAGCGUUAAUAGUAGAGUGAUUUUAGAUGAGGAAGAGCUACCAGAAUCCUAUUUAGAGUUCAGGGUAUGGAAGCAGGGCAAGAUCAAUAAAGAAAAUCUGGCUAAGAAAUUAACUGAGGCAGUAAGUCAAGCUAAUUGGGACAUCGUUAUGGAGUAUUACCUGCUUAAAAAAUCUUUAUGUGUUGAAGAAUUCCGACCAACUCAAAUUCAUACUAAAAAGAAAAUUGAAAUAAAUGCUUUGAAACUAGAUCUGGAAGAGGAAAUAGAAUACUCUUGUGAAAUGAAUUUAAAUAUUGAUGAAUAUAUAAGGGUAAAAGCGAAAAUGUCUAUGCCUAAAAAAGUUGAUGCUCUUUAUUUUCCGAACAGAAAAUACAACAAAAGGCAUUCAGUUCAUCCGGCUGCUUUAAAGGUAUCAAAAGCACUUGUUAUUCACGAUAAUGAACAAGUAACCAGUACAGAAGGCUUUGAGGAUGGUGUCUUGUCUAUUGUUUAUUCAAAAUUCCUACCUUCGUGGUUAGAAUUUGGAGGACAGAUAAAAGCCUCUGCUGUGAAAAAAACUGUGCUAAAGUUAAUCAGCCGUCACAUCCCAAGUAUUAUAGUGAAAGAACUAAUCACCUUACUGGGAGACAUGCCUAAAGCAUUUAGAGCUCUGUCAACGGAUGCCAUUAAGUCGAGAAGCGAAGAUAUAUAUGUGCCAUUUGUUGCUUCCAACGUUGUUCAAAAAUAUGUAAUCAUAUCAAGAAGCUUUUUAAAGUGGCAGAAUACAGACGAUACUCCAUGCGAUAUUCCCGAUGCUUUAAAUCCUCAAAAUUUAAAACAUACUCAAAAAUUUGUUCCCAUUUAUGUUGAUGGUGUUUGGGUUCCUAGACAGAAGAUGUUUUGGAUUUCAAUUGAGAGUGACAAUAUUAUUAUUUAUACCUACAAUUGGGCAAAAGAAAAUGUGGAAAAGCUUGUUAAGCACUGCAGUAAUUUGGUGCAGUGGCUGACACUGCGCUCCUGUUUUCUCAAUUCGGGCAUUUCUCAAAAAUUGGGAUUGUUUUUCAACCAAUCUUUAACUAGAAAAUGCUUUAUGCUUUCAACAAACAAUUAUUACACCCUAAUAGCAAACUUGGAUGCGAUGAGUAAAUUUCCGAGAGAUACUCAAACUCAAAAGAAAUGUCACCAACCAGGCUUCAAUCUUCCAGUGAUUUUAGAAACGUUUAGGGAUAACUUUUGCAAUACGAAAUACACAUCAAAUGAUGCGGUUGCAAUUUUGACCAUUGAAAUGAGAGAAAUGAAGACUUUAGAGAAAAAGAAUAGAGAUGAAAUGAAGAAGUUACACUCAAUGUAUCAAUCAAGGACGGGAAGUACAUCAGUCAGCCAACUAGACUUAUUAAUGCAAAACUCUAGAAUAAUCCAUUAUGUACAUACGCCCUUGCUAUUCUUGGCAAGGUGGCGUUUUAAAUCUGCUGCCACAAGAGAUCACACCUUAUACCCAUCAAAGGCCAUUCAGUUAGCGGAUAAACUCUCGAACGAAGAACGAGAGCUCUGGCAUACGGAGCUCUGUUUUAUUUUUUUUAGCGAAUAUCGUAACUACUUGCACACUUUAGGAUUUACGCCUUUGCAGAUUGACAGUUCUCAAACGGGUAUUCCGAGUUUGUGGCUUAAGGAUAAGUCAGUGUAUAAUUCCACGUUCUACAUUCAAAGAACAAUCCUGGGCGGCAUAUUGAUAUUUACAGUAUCAUUUGAGGAGCCGUUUUUUGUUACAAAACUAUAUGCUAUAGAAUGUAGUAGGCUGCAAAAUAUUACUUCUAGGGCUUCUGUAAACGGGUUCACCAUAAGUUUUUUGGAUGAAUGUGACAAAGUGAAAAUAUUGAUGCAUCUCCAUUCGUUUACCUACGAUUACCAUUUGCGCCUGAUGUUUAACUACAUCUCUGGGAAUCACGGAAAACUCCCAGAUAAAUAUAACGUCCAGCAGUUUUUACAUGAUUUUCUUAAAUAUUAUAAUAAAGCGCCUAAUUUUGCAAGGAACUUAGUACAUGCAGAUACAUUGACAAUUGAUAAUCUUGUCACUGAGGGAAAGCAGCUUUUCGAUUAUUUGCUGCGCAACGUCAAUCAUUACGGCUUUAAAGUCCUUGAAAUGGACGAUAGUCCUCCAGAGUUUAUUUUAGUACAAGUUACAACCACUCGUCAAGUUUUUUAUAAAGAUUCACAGGAUAGGCAACAUACCGACGAUUUUGAUAUGACUUUGGUCAUUUACAAUCAAUGCGCUCCGUAUAAACCUACUGAUAAAGUCUUGCAUUUGAAGUACUAUUUAAUACUCACUGCUAAAAGAGACACAUAUCCAAUGUUCGAAAAUGAACAAAAAUUAGGCAAAUUUCGUACUGUGUCGUUUACUAGUCCAUCGUCGGGUAUUGAAAAGUCGGUAAACGAAUUAGAAAUUAGUCUUGCCAGAUCAGAAUUAACUGAAGAAAGUGAAUACACGGAAAGUGACGCCGAUGAAAUAUCAUUAGACAGGUGCUCAGGAGAAAAACCGCUAUGUAAACUCCUCGCUAACGUUGUUAUAAUGCAAGAAAGUGUUAAUUAUUUGGGUUAUUAUUCAUCUCAUGAACAAAUAAUGCAGGAGCUGAUUUUGGAGAAAGCUGAAGCUACCCAGAAGGAUAUUAUAGAUAUGGUGUCUAAAGGAAUGGUACACUGCCGAACGGAUCUUCUUUGGAACCGUCUUAUAUCUCCUCAAGAAUCAACGCCUUUGACGUACGAUGAGUUUAUCGAAUUAAGCAAGUUAACCAAGUUAAUCCCGUUAUCUCAGUUAAAUCAAAGUUUGGGUUCGUUACUAAAUCAGUCACUUUCGUGGUACCAGGGCCUUGCCAAGUUAUUAGUGGUGAAAUAUGCCGAACAAUACAGGCUGUUUACCUCACCAGAUGAACGUACACUCUAUUACGUCAUUUUACAUCCAAAAUAUUAUGGGGCGUUUAUGUUGCUCAGCAUCGAUUUGCAUACAAAUCGAGGUGAGCUUUAUGGAGCAUAUAGGGAAACAAAUAAAAAGGGACCAAAUUCUUUGGGAAUCGGCUACGAAAAGUCGCUCCUGGACGGGUUUAUCAACUGCAUUUCCUUCUACAUCUGGUCUGGAAUGAUAUGCGGAUGAUAAUUAAUAAAACCCAGUGUCGGUAAUACACACAUUUUCAUAAACACAAUACUGAAUAACUGAAGUGGAAUAGUCAAAGAUCUUAUCAAUUUGUAAGCUUUCGGAUAAUUACCUCAUAUUUUAAUAAUUGUUUAAUAAUUGUUUAUUAUAGUGUUCUGUUUUUUUUUAUUAUUUUAUUUUAUGUUGACUUUCUUUCAUAGAGAAUUUUUUGUACGCGUUACAAGGUCUCAGGAUACUGUGAUAAUUGUACAAAGAUGCCUGGCUACAAAUUUGUUAGUACAAACUGUGGUCUUUUUACGUGCCAUAAGUAAACAUUUCUUAAUAAAUA